AUGUCGAUACUCACAGCCCCCAUAAUCGCCCUAUUCAAACUCACUCUCGAGCCUGUCGCACCGUUCACCUGGUUUGGCUUAUCAUUAAGCACUCUCGACGUGGUGGCUGCCUUCCGUCUCUGUAUCAUCUUGCGGCAGAUUAAAGAAUCCAUGUACCGGGACCACAUUGCGAAGGUGCCUGGAGCUGCGCAAACCAUUGCACCCAGGGCCUUCGCAAGAGAUUUGGCGACGACAAUGACGGUGGUUUAUGGCGGAGAAGUCAUGUCUUCCCCAUUAUUAGGUGUCCCAGUAUCUUUCAUGCUCUCCGGAGUAGUCCCUAUAUUCUAUGGAGUUAUUCAGGCUAUCGUGGAGGCCCUCCCAUCUGUUCCGGUGAUGUCGAUAGAAACAGAGUUGCCACUGUCGUUUCUUGACGCUUUCACCCGUGCAUACCUCUUGUGCGACCUCAUCCCGCCUGUUGUUACGACGAACACAUCGCCGGUCAUCUCCACCUCUCCUUGGACGCUGCUAUUGACCUCUUUCAUCACGGCCAACGGAGGAUUCUUCCUAACAAACCUGUUCUCUUUCCUUAACCCGACGCCCCUCGCAAUCCAAACGCCGCCUGAGCUGCAACCUUAUGGCUGGACUGCGACGGAUCUAUGGUGCGCUCCGCUGGUGACGGCGUUAUAUGCUCUUUUAACCCAUGCUCAACCCUUCUGGGCGGAUGCCCACGGCUUUUUGGCCGCAUUCCUUGGCAGCGAUGUGUCCGCCAAGGGCGUCGUCAUGGCAUUGGAUGCGAAUGAGGCUCGAGCUGUUUGCACUUUGGUUUUGACGGGUUUGUUUGUUACAAGGACCGUCAAGAAUUUUGGGGCUGCUGCGCAGCCCAAGGAGAAGGUCAAAACACAGUAG